AUGUGCAUUGCGAACGUUUCAAAACUUGUACUCUUGAAAAAACUAACUUGCACCGAGCGCGGAAUAAUUCAGAACAAUUUAGAAAAAAUCAAUCUCUUGAUUAAAUCAAUGUUCUUCUCUCGUUGGCACAUUUACCAACCAAAAUUGUGCACUUUCAUCGAUCACUGUAAAACGAAAUCAAUGACAGAAUUGAACAGUGAAUAUUGUGAUUAUCGUAGUCCUCUGGCGACCAGGUACGCCUCGAAGGAAAUGCGAUACAACUUCAGUGAUCAACACAAGUUCAGCACGUGGCGAAAACUCUGGGUUUACUUGGCUAAAGCAGAGAUGGAGCUUGGCUUGGCGAUUACACCGGAACAGAUUGCUGAAAUGGAGUCUCAUAUCGACGACAUCGACUUUGACGCCUGUGCAAAAGAAGAGAAGGCAACCAGACACGACGUGAUGGCUCACGUUCACGUUUUUGGAAAUCAGUGUCCCACGGCUGCCCCCAUCAUUCAUUUGGGUGCAACCAGUUGCUACGUCGGGGACAAUACGGAUCUGAUGAUCCUACGUAACGGAUUCGACAUACUGUUGCCAAAAUUAGCGAACGUUUUAUCGCGUCUCGCGACAUUCGCCACGAAGCAUCGCGAUCUACCGACGUUGGGAUUCACUCAUCUUCAACCAGCUCAACUGACGACUGUUGGCAAACGAGCGUGCCUCUGGAUCCAUGAUCUACUGAUGGACGAAAGGGCUCUUCGACGAGCUAGGGACGAUUUAAAAUUCCGCGGAGUAAAGGGUACCACUGGCACCCAGGCCUCGUUUCUUCAACUAUUCAACGGCGAUGGAGAAAAGGUGAAGCAACUAGAUCGAUUGGUAACCAAGAUGGCCGGUUUCGAGAAACACUAUUCUGUAACAGGACAGACCUACACCAGGAAAGUCGACUUGGAGUGCUUAAAUGCUCUGAGCUCUUUGGGCUCGACCGUUCAUAAAGUUUGCAGCGAUAUUAGGCUGUUGGCGAACAUGAAAGAAGUCGAGGAGCCCUUCGAAACUACGCAAAUAGGAUCCAGCGCUAUGCCUUACAAAAGAAACCCGAUGCGUUCCGAGAGGUGUUGCAGUAUAGCACGUCAUUUAAUGACGUUGGCCAACAAUGCUAUGCACACUCUCGCGACACAAUGGAUGGAAAGGACACUCGAUGACUCGGCAAACAGGAGGAUCACUUUGUCAGAAGCGUUUCUAUCAGCAGAUGUGAUUCUGAUGACCCUUCAGAAUAUCACGGAGGGCCUCGUUGUUUAUCCUAAAGUCAUUGCCAGGCACGUGGCCCAAGAAUUGCCAUUCAUGUCCGCGGAAAACGUCAUAAUGGCGAUGGUGAAGGCUGGAGGCGACCGACAGGUGUGCCACGAGAAAAUACGAGUCCUGUCCCAGGAAGCUGGCGCAGAAGUGAAGCAACACGGUAGGGACAAUGAUUUAGUCGAGAGGAUCGUGAAAGAUCCUUAUUUCGCGCCGAUCCACGACAGUUUGGACAAGAUCCUCGAUCCCUCCACUUUCGUUGGUAGAGCGCCUCAGCAGGUGGUGGAGUUUUUGAACGAGGAAGUCCACCCCGUUCUCGAGGGUUACAAAAAUGUUUUAGGCGGUCACGUGGAACUCAGCAUUUGACCAAUUCCACCGAUACGGAUUAAACGUGACAAGGAGAAUUACGCAAGAAAUUUCUGACGCGUUUGUUUCAUGCUUCUAUUAGAUUUUUCGAUCAUUUUUUUUUCUUCUAUUGAACAACGAUGGUAAUGUUUACAGGGUUAUUAUAAACUUUACAAAAAAAAAUCAAAGCUUAAUAAACGAGGGAGAAAUAAAAAAAAAAAAAGAAA